UACAUGUACAACAUACUCAACCUGGUACAUGUAUUUUUAUUCAAGUAUUUGAUUUAACGAUGGCGAUGUCAGUAAAUUCAAAGGACGAUAUAGAUGCCAUAGCACAAUGCUUGUCGAACUGGCGUUAUAAUAUAAACACGAGUAAAGACGUCGAAAAAAUUGUAGAGGCAUACACAGACGACUGUAUUUUGAUGCCACCUAAUGCACCUAUUUGCCAUGGAAAGGAGGCUGUGCGAGAAAAAAUGCAGGAGCUUAUAGACUCUGGCCUUGUGUUCUUUCACACCAAGCAUGUUUCCAUAGAAACGUGUGGUAACAUGGGUUCAGAUGUAACGCUUUACAGAGCAGAAACCAUAGAAGGAAAAGUUGUGGAAACAGGCAGGACAGUCUGUGUGUGGAAGAAAAUGGAUGGCGUUUGGCAUAUCCACAGAGACAUUUAUGGGCCAGAUUCGGCACCAAGUAAUGCCUACUGAUGUUUUCACAUAUGCUUGGAAGAUUUGGAGCAGAACUCUCGAUUUCAAAGCAUUUCUUUUAUUUAGACGUCCUACUGUCCUAUAAGCAAUUAAAGUAGAUACCUUGUCAUUAUCCUUACUUGAGGAAAAUAAAUUACUUACUUGUAACAUUAAUAGGAUAAAUCGAUAAUUUUUCCCAUGACACACAUAAAAAUUCUUGUGACUAUGAGGAUAUUUUCACGUUUCGGAUACCAACAAUUUUUGGUAACACAUUUUGAGCCUUAAAUCUGAAAAUUUUGGCCCAAUUUGAUUGAUCCAAAAUUAAAAAACAAUGCCCGGUAGUCAUAUGCCAGUUUGUUACCUAAAUUGGCCAAUCUAUGUGGGAAGAAGCGAAUCUUGGGCCAUGGGUACUCAGAUUUUAUUCCGAUUAGAAGAAAAAGACAAGAAGCCUUACAUUUAGUUAUAUUGUCCAAACUGUGAUACCUGACAUCUAAUAUAGUUAAAUAAACGUUUUAAAUGUAUUUUUAAAUAA